AUGCCUUUCUUCAUGAAUAUUCAGCAACCCUUCGCUCUGCGAGAGUCUGUGUCGUAUACUUGGCUUGACGAAGUUGCUGAUAACAAGGAAAAAGGUGGAGUUCGUUGGGGAUACGAGAAAUCCAUUCAGCGUCUACCCGAAACUAUAACUGGAAUCUGGUUGGACCUGAUUUGAGACUGAGAGCUAAGGGGGGAGGGAAAAACGUCGAUGGACAGGUUCUGGGAACGCCCUUCCUCAUUAAACCACCUGCUUUAUAAGGGAGGACGUGGGAACUUGAAGUCAUAGGUAGUUUGCUCUCUUACCUUUGCAACAUUAAGAAGAAACGUACGCUCAAGUGGUUGGCCCGUUGCAUGGACAUAACUUGAAAAGGAGAACUGAAUAGCCCAGUAACGAGUUCUGCACAGCGACAAGCUUCAUUACUUUGAAGUCAACUACAACGACUUUAGUAACUUUUUUCUUGGAACGCACAGAAAAAGGUUACUUGUUUUUUCUGCAAACUAUUGGACGUGACACUGCAGUUGAUUCGUUGUUUCCAGCACUUUUCAUUAAGUUUGAGAGCUGAACGUUUCGAUUGCAUUCGUCAAAAUGAUGCAGAGUUGUGAUUCCUACCGUCAGAAGAAUUCCCUCUUCAAUGCCAUGAACCGCUUCAUCGGCGCGGUUAAUAAUAUGGACCAGACUGUAAUGGUUCCCAGCCUUAUAAGAGAUGUGCCUCUGGACGAGGAAAAGGCGGUUAACGACAUCCGGGCAACCAGCAACGGGCCAACCACCUACUUCUCCGAUGGGGAUAUGUACAGCUACUACGUCCUGUUAAAGUCCAUAAGGACCGACAUCGAAUGGGGGGUCCGGCAGGCCGAAGAAAGGAGGAAGGACAAACAUGGCGUCGGCGCCCUGGAGAGUUCCAGAAUCGACUCCGAAGAGAAAGAGGAAGACCUGGAGAAACUCUUUCGCUUCCACCUUAGCGGACUGCACACGGUUCUGUCCAAGCUGACAGGAAAGGCGAACACCCUCACCAACAGAUACAAGCAAGAAAUCGGUAUCGGAGGAUGGGGGUAUUAAGGCUUUCCCUCUAUUCACCAGCUAAGAAAAUUUCCCUGAUGGGAGUCGAACUUUACGCACCUAAGGAAGUUCGAGUUGAACGGAAGUGGUGUAUAUCUAUUGGGGAUUACAGAUUGAGCUGUAUUAAUCUAAAAAAGAAAUGUAGCCUGUUCAAUUUUGCUUUAUGCAUUGUUGUCACCUUAAAGUUAAGUAUCCCCAUUUGCACUAUUUUUUACUGGUUGUAUUAUGAUUGUUUUGCUGCCACAUUGUGUGUGUGUACCACAAGAAUUUAUUUAAACAAUUGUCUACCACUAUUGUGUUUUCAGAGUUGAACCUUUCCGGUUGAGUAAUAUUGCACAUAUGUAUGUAAUACACACAUACAUGCAUAUGCUUUUUUUAAUGAUGCUGGACUGGACUCAGCCUCUGUACAAGGGCUACCGCUGCAUACUGACUGAUGUACAUCAAAUGAGGUUACAGUGGUGUUAUUAUACCAAUGAUUUGAAUGUCCUGAAAAAAAUCUAUGAACUGGAAUCUUCUGAUAAUUCUGUCAUUUCAAUGUAUUGAGUAAUGAUGGGUUCCAUGAGAUUUUAUGGAUGUUAUUAAUAUGGUAUAAAUUACACAAGGGUUUACAUGGUUUCUAGUAUUAAACUAUUGUACAAAAAAUAAACUAUUUAUACAUUUUCAA